UCUUCUAGCAGACUUCUCAUCCCAUCACAUGUGGUUAUUGCAUGCUAUGAAUUACACACUGGAGCAGAACACUCGGUGUGACCCUUAAAGCAGACCCUUAAAUGGAGUUACACUAAGUCCAGCACGCCUAUGCACCUCCACCUCUUCACCUGCAGGAAACCUCAAAGCCGGUCAGUUGGAGCUGCAGAUCCUGACCCAGUAUUCUCCAAUGCAGAGUGAAACAGCAAGAUGAGGUGUCUCCAACCUGCCAUCUGAUGUGGAAGGCUCAAGCACUAACUUGCUUCUUACAAUAGAGCUGCCUGCAGUUUCAAGCAGCAAGCACCUUUUGCAAGGAGACAUCUGUGAUGUUCCUAUAUUAAUGUAUAUAUGACCCUGACAGCUGGCCAAGAAACCAGGCAGCUGGCGUGGGGAUGUCUAGUCCUGGGAGAGGAUGCCCAGAUCAGUUGACUCUUCAGGCUUACUGGCAAUAUGGAGAUCUGAUGAGGAGACCUCUGGGAGAGCUAACUCUGACAGUUCCUCAUCAUUUGAGAUUGCAGACCUAAGCCUCAAGAUACAACCCUGCAGACUCUCAAGAGCCAACAAGUAAAUCAAACAAAAUGGAUAAAAAUGAUACCAAGUUGGAUAGUGCAACCCUGGACAUGCUUAAGAACCAAGGCAUCAUGAUCACUUUGCCAGUAGUGUACUCGCUGAUAGCCAUCAUCAGCAUUCCAGGAAACAUUUUCUCCCUCUGGAUUCUCUUCUUUCACAUCAAGCCCAGAACAACAUCAGUCAUCUUCAUGAUUAAUCUUAGUGUUACAGACCUUGCACUGGUUUCAUGUUUUCCCUUCCAGAUUAUAUAUCACAGUCAUAAGAACCACUGGUCUUUCAGCAAGAACCUGUGUAGCUUUGUCACAGUGAUGUUUUAUGCAAAUAUGUAUUGCUCCAUAAUUACUAUGACCUAUAUCAGUUUUGACCGCUACUUGGGAGUGGUAUAUCCAAUGACAUCCAAAAAAUGGAGAAGAAAGAGAUAUGCAAUUUCAAGCUGCUUUGGGAUGUGGUGUCUUGUACUAUUAGCCCUGUGGCCCUUAGCAGCAACAGACCUGACUUAUGAAGUGAAAGAACUGAACAUUACAACAUGUUUUGAUGUCCUCAAGUGGGAUAUGCUUCCCAAUAAGAUGGCAUGGGCAGCUUUCCUUUUACUGCCCUUCUUCUUCUUCUUCUUGGUCCCAUUCACAGUGACAGUAGCCUGCUAUAUUGGCAUUAUUCGGAAGCUGAUCCAGGCUUCUCACAAAUAUGGCAACGGGCAGAAGACCCGGUCAAUCUACUUAGCUGUGAUAGUCCUCUUAGUUUUCAUCAUUUGUUUUGCUCCCAACAACUUUAUCCUGCUGGUGCACAUGGUUAGCCGUCUCAAUGGCUCGGAGGGCUACUACCACAUUUACAAACUCACCUUAUGCCUCAGUUGCUUCAACAACUGCAUAGAUCCAUUCAUUUACUACUUUGCAUCCAAAGAGUUUUAUCAGAAGUUCAAGCAGGUGAUAGGCCAGAAGGUGCCUCUGAUUGACAGCUGGGAGAGUAGAAGAGAAAGCUUGUUCUCUGCUAGGACAAUGUCAGCAAGAUCAAUGUCGAGUGGACAUGUGGAAGGGAUGAACUCACCUAAAGUAUGUUUGCAAAGACAUGAAAGUGUGUUUUAAUGCUGGUGUUCAAGUGGGAAGAGAUAGCAUGCUGGGGUGUCGAAACUAUGAUAUGACGACUACAUCAAGGGAUAAGUAAUAUACAUUAUGAGGCAUUGGAGCAGAAUUCAACAUAGGGUUGCUGGUUUUUAUGACAGCCCAAAUAUAUAAUAAUGUUCUGCCCUAAGGAACCAUAUAUGAAAAAAGCAUUCAUUUAUUUGCUUAAAUUAAAUAAACAUUUAACAUUGACCAAUUUCAUCUCUCUUUCUUGCUCAUAGCAGUCAACUCAAGUCAUCUGUCUUUUAACCUGUUCGGCUUCAACAUAUUGUGGUUACAGUAUAGAGGAAUAUAUACUUUAUUGAGCUCUUAACUUCCCUUUCAAAUGAUUGUUUUGAGCAACAUUAAGCUUGAAGUUCUUUUGACCAAAUUUUAUAAACCAUUAAAAGGAAAUUAAAAUCAAUUACUGAAAUGUAAAAGCUAGGUUGGAAAAUAUUUUCCAUAUGAAUAAUUCAAGAGAAAUUGAACCUGUGUGUGUAUUAUACAGAAGUGCAACCAUUCAAUGCUUUGUAGUAAGCUAGUGCAAAUGUUAUUGAUCUUUGGUGGUGAUGUAAACAAAAAUAUUAAGAUAUGUUGGACUGCAUUACAUGGGAUUUAAACUGAGAUAUUUACUUUUUGUAUUAAGGAUUUGAUUGAUUGCUUUACUUGGAAUUAAAGGUGUGGUUCUCCUGAAAAAUGUUUCAAUCUUCCCAGAAACCUUCUGAUUGAUCAAUCAAAAUGAAUAGAGCUAGAAACUGGAAAAAUGAGUCUCCUCCAACACAUAAUUCAUGAAUGUAUAAAAUGUGAAUAUGAGCUGAAAUUAUUCCUAAAGCUAAUUUUAUAAGAUAUUAAAGCCAUUCAUAAAAUGCUUAAUCUAAUGGAGAAUAUUUUAUAAGUUUUCAGUUCUAUAAGUGUACAAUGUUGGGAUUUUCUUUUGUGUUUGCUUUCUUAAUGGUAUGGUGUGUGUUUUUUCCUAUUAAAAAAAGUCCACUAUAGUGAAAAAAGUUGUUAUGGAUAUCAGUGUAAGUCCUAAUCCCUAAGGUUUAUGUAUGGGAAAUGCCCGGAAAAAAUAGGCUGCAUUCCUGUACUUCCUUGGAAGAAAGCUCCAACAAAUGCAAUGAUACUUACUUCUCAGUAGGCAGACACCUAUAGGGUUGCACUUUAUUAUUGUGAACCAAUUAUUAAAAGGAAAAAGUUUGCUUGCUUUUUAGUGAAUCAUGUAUAUAAAGAACAGAAUGUGUUUUGUAAAAAAUAAAGUAUCUCAAAAAUUUA